AUGGGUUUAUUAUCAAGCAAUGAUCUUCUAUUAGAUCUUAUUUAUGAAUAUAUUUCAAAUAAUUUCCUAUAUAUUCUUUUUAUUAUUGAUGGUAUUUUAACGGGUGCUCUUCUUGCAUUUAUUAUUUUUAUUUAUUCAUAUUCAUGGUCGAUUAUUCAUUUUUGUCUUACAGGAAUUAUUGUCUUUAUUUCCAAUUAUUAUCAAUUAAAUAAAUUAAAAAAAGAUUCUUUAUUAGAUAAUUUUCAAAAAGAUUUUAUUCUUAUUAUUAUUAAUAUUCUACAUAUUAUCUAUUGUAUUUUAAAUGGUUUGCAAACAUAUAUGCAUCGUAUUAUAGCACUUAGUGCAGCAGCAUUAAUUUUAAAUGAUCAAACCAUACGAGAUGCUAUUGAUUUUACACGUCAAGUUAAAACAAAACGUGAAUUUAUUAAAACUACCUUAACUGUAUUGAAAGAUGGUGUUAAAAUUAUAUAUAAUGAUGAACAAAAAUUUUCUACAAUUGUACCAUCAACAAUGAUCGCUGGUUCAGCUGUUAGUAAAACAUCUUUCGAUGACACUGUUGGUGUUGUUUAUAUUUCACCAUUGAAUGGUCAACAUUAUCCAGCAUUUGUUCAUAUUUAUCGAUGUGAUUCAUCACGUACUGCUCAAAAAUUUUUAUCUCGUCUUCGUGCAUAUCUACUUAUUGAAAGUCAUCGUCUUCAAAUAGUUCAAUUAGAACAAUACUUAUUGAAUCAUAAUUUAUUGAAUAUAGAUGCUUUUAAUGCAAGGAAAUCACAUAAAACAAACACAGGUGUUUCAUCAAUGUCACCAAGUAAUGAUAAUCGGCAAGAAAAAAAAAUCGAUCCAGUUAAAUCAAUUACAGAAGAACUUCAAAAAAAAAUUAAUUCAAAAGAACCUAUUCUAUUUCCGCCGAAAGAUUAUGAUACAAUACAUGCUGCUCAUGGAAAUAUUCAACGAGCUCAAGUAUGGCGAAGCACUCAACCUGCAAUUGUUGGUUAUUCACCAAUUAAUUCAGAUGAUAAUCGAACACGACAAGGUCGACAAACGAGUGCUCUUCCAAUAAAUGAUGAACUUAAGAAUAAGGCUGUUAUUGAGGAUAAUAAUGAAAAAUCACAUCUACCUACUCAUCGAAGUGAUGCUACGGUCGAUCCGGUGGAAGCUGUUAGUUUGGCUUUUGAUUUUCUCAAAGAUGAGACAAGUUCAAUUUUUACUGAUAAUGAUGGUAAUAUUGAACAUCUUGAAAUGCAACAACCGACUAAAUCACCAGUUUAUCGUUUUCGACCAUCACAAAUCACUGCUAUUACUAAAAAAUUAUUUUCUCGACAUAAUAAUUAUGAAUUAAGAAAUGGUUUACCACAAUCAAAUCCAUCAUCACGAAAUGACUUCAAUGCCCCUAACAACAACAACAACCAUAAUAAUAAUAAUAAUAUCAAUAAUAAUAAUAAUAAUAAUUAUAAUAAUAACAAUAAUAAUAAUCAUUUUAUUCAAAAUAGAAAUCGAACUCGUUCUGAAAUACGUUUAGAUUAUGAUCAACAAUCGAAUGUACAUCAUAAUCCCUUUCAUGAAAAUCGUCUUGUAAAAGUUAAUGGUGCUGCAAUUACGAUGAAUCCAAUAUGGUCAGCUCAAUCACCCGCUAUGGUCUCUUCUCAACCAAACUUGUUAUCAGAUCAAAAUUAUGUUGAUUCAAUAGUACCUCAUCGUCAAUUAACUCCAGAUAUGGAACCACGAAGAUCAUCUGUAGCUGUACAAUAUUCUCAUUAUGCAAGCUAUCCAGAUAAUAAACCAGGUAUGAUGAGACAACAACAACACGAAAAUCAACGAAAACGAUCAGUACCUUCACAACAUCAAACUAAUAGAAAACAAGCAGCACAAUCACAGUUUCUUGAUACAAAUGAAUUUAUUUUACGAGCGUCCAAUGGUCAACCAUUGAGAAAUGUUCAAUAUCCGAAUCGACAUGUCUCCAGAGAUCAUAGACCUCAUUCAGUGCAUGAUAAUGGUACUACGUUUGAUGUGUACUAUUAA